CGCAGGUCUGUCAGGAUCACGCGGAUCGGGUAGUCACAGCUCCUCAGUGACGAACAGAAACACGGAAGUGGUUCAGUGUCACGCCGGUUCUCAGAAUGCCGGUGUCUGAGUGUGGGCUUUAUUUAUUUAGCGUCGUGUUGAUGAAUAAUUCAUAUUUAAUAUAACCAGGAAGCGUAAACACAAACAAGGCGGGUGGAGGGAGAUGCGGUUUUAUUCGGUGACAUAACAGCAUAAUAGCCUUUAUGUUUUGAACCUUACUUCACUUCUUUCUAUGAUAGCUAUGCUAGCUGUUUAGCUCCGAGAAUUCUUUUGCGGCUAAACUCAGGUCUCUAUGUGUAGUCAAGUCCAUAUUUGCUCACCAGAUCCGCCUCAGCUGUAUGUCUAUUUAUGUCACAGGAUUACUCCAAGCUUGUUAAUGAAAUAUACAGUACAUCCUGUUGGCUUUAUCUGACACUUGUAAGUUGUUUUUCUUCACAAUGAAAAUCUCCGUUUAGCUCAUCUCUCAGGGAGAUGAGGAAGGAGUGAUUACUGUUACACCAUGUCUGGCUCACAAAACUCUUGUGAAACACCCAAGCCCAGCAAUGAUUACAGAACUAAUGGAGGGAUAGCAGAGGAGAGCUCAGACAGUGAGGAACAUCCAUCUUUAUCAGCUUCACAACUGUUGUCACUUAAGAGAAAGAAAAUAGUCCUUCACAUCGAUCUGAACAACACCAUCCUGGUGUCUGAUGCUGUUACAAAACAAGGGACGGCUGCUGCUCUUGAGUACUUUUUGUCCACUGUGACCUGGGGACGGAUGGCAAAAGGAAAAUGGGAGUGGAUGUGUGAGUCUCCAUCUCUCCUCCCACCAUGUGAGGGUGCUGUGAGUUACUACUCUCAGUUUGGUAGAGUAGUAGGUUUCACCAAAGCUGGGCCAGGCAGGUGUUUCCGGAAGGUUUUUGAGGAACAUCUCGAACUGCUGCGCUGGCCUUCUGACCUGCCUGCACACAAAGAGCUCUCUGUAAAAGGAGAAGAUGGAAAACUGUACCACUGGAUCCUCCCCUCUUUCUUCCAGCUGCUGCAGGAUCUGGCCUCACAAGGGAUCGAGUUUUCCAUCUUCUUCCGCACGUUUGGCACAGAUCUUCCACGUCUGUUGAUGGUCGUUCAGCGAGCGCUUGAGCAUGGCACCCAUCCACUCUUCCCUGUACUUCCACAACUGAAGCUAAGUGUGGACACAACACCAGGUCAGAUCAGAUGCAACACUAAGGGUGUGAUUCUGAUUCAUGGAGAGACCCGCAUAUCCACACAGGAUGGGGAACGGAGUCUAUACCGGUACUUAAGCUCUUCACAUGGUCUGGGUGGCUUCCAGGACCACUUCAACUGGUGGGCACAAAACACAUACACCAUUAUGGGAGGAAAGCCACUGUGGAUUGACCCAUUUGACUCCACAAUCCAACACAUCUUUAUUGAUGACAACAUCCGCCAAAACAAUGAUGACACUAUUGUGCAUCCUAAGGUAUUUCUGGAUCCUGAGAGCUCCAAGACCCGCACAGCCUCCAUUUCAGAGCUGUAUGACCUGUGCCUGAUUCAAACCGACCUCCUCAGAGCCAUUUCUGAGCCCAGUUACUUCACCCAGCGCAUUCAGAUCUGCAUGGAGAACUAUGAGAGGAACCUUAGGCAGCAACUCGGCUAGAUUCCACAUGCCAUGAAUCAAUAUGGAGUUUCAUUGGUUUUGAUUUUGAUUCGUGCAUUUGGGCCAUGUUUUCAUUAAUCAAAAGCAGUGUAGGAUGCUAUAUUUUCUAAAGGUGUGCUCACAUCUGCUAACAACUACUUGAGAGUAUUAGCACCAUCUGUGUGUCACCUUUAAAGGUGCAGAUUUGAAGUGUUUGUAGACCUGUACUAAUAACAGUAUGAUUUCAAACAUAGCUUAGGAAACACUGAUUUGCAGUAUAGCUAUAGAAUGGAUCUGGGUAGUUUCUUGGUUUCAGGCUUAAAUAAAUGACAGCUCGCAACACAAACAGUUUCUGCAGCGUGCAUAAGGUUGGUUGGGACAAAAGGGUAGGCACACAAGUAACAAGUAAAUUUAUAUGCAACUGCACAACAUGGAGACAUGCUUCCGACAAUAGUGGCAAAUCGAGGUGCGCCGUUUGAUUUGAGAUUUUCCUAAUUGUAUGCAAAUAUGAUGUGGUAAAGUGAUGACUCCAAACAGUUGUCUCCAGUAAAUUCUUAAGACACAU